AUGUCUGAAGAACACACCCCAUCCACUGAGGGAGCUUCCUACUCCGAACAGAUUCUAGAGUCAGCAAGAAGGAACAACACCGAGCUCUUACUUCAAAUCAAAUCGGAAUUGAAUAAUGACCAGGAGAAGCUUUCACAAUUGAUCAACGAUACCCAUGAGGUAAUAUCCAACAAUACUCCAUUACACAUUGCUUGUCAGUUGGGCAACUGGGAAUUCAUAGAUAUUGUAUUGGAUAUUGAAGGGGUGGAAAUUGAUCCGCAAAACAGAGCAAAGGAAACGCCAUUACAUCUUGCAGUAAGGUACACCACAGAUGAGCCCGAUCAUGGAUAUUUCAUUGUCGAUAAUUUGUUGGAUGCUGGGUCAGAUCCAAGAAUCAAGGACAAGGACGGACUCAAGCCUAGAGAUUAUGUAAAUAAGGACAAUGAAAAAUUGUUACAGUUGUUGGAGAGUGCUGAAUACGCUAUAUCAAUGGAGGAUACCGACCAGGAACGAUUGGCAGCAUUUGCAAAGGAACAAGAGGCGGAAGAUGGUUCAGCCUCGGGAUCAGAAUCAGAUUGA